AUGUACCACACAACAUGCGCCACCAAUUUGGUUAGUCUCUUCAUUUACAAAGAGCUUAUUAUGACAUACUACCGAUUCGGACAGCGGCUCAAGAUAACGCGUGCAGUAGCGAGAGCAAUGGCACGAUCCUCUGCUGGCAAACAUAACUCCGCUACGAUUGAAAAGCUUUUGCAAACCAGCAAAAACCGCUUUGGUAGUACUGUGGGGCGACCACUGGGUGCUGCAAUUGCAACAUUUCUGAACUCGGGCGUCGCGUUCAAUACAUCGUCUGAGUAUUUGUUCUUUGACGGAGAAGAUGAUGACGGAACGAUGAAUACGAAUGAGUUGCGAGUGAGCGAAAACUUUCCGCGUGUACCGAAACCAUGCGAAAAGGUGUCAACCAAGUUCUUUACGUGUUUUUAUGAGCAUGGCAAGCAGACAGCAAGCAAGUCAGAUGCGGAAGUGGGUAACGUUGCGCUGGAGAAAUGCAAGGACGCGAUGCUGGCGUAUAAUAGCUGUGUGGACGCUGAAAUGGCCAAGAAUCCCAAGGAGUUUUUCCGCGUGCCGGAAGCUUAUCGUAUGCGCGAGUGA